UUCAGUCUUCAGUAUCAUUAUAAACAGUCUACUGUGUCUUUCAUAACUUCUAAUUAAUUUUAAGGUUCGCUUAUAAACUCAGUCCUCUCGUUUUCUAUGCUUUUAUUCGAGUUUCCGUCAAUUUAAAGGUUUAAUUAUAAGUGAUAGGCUAUUUGGCGCGGGGAACCGACUCCCUCUCUCUCUCUCUCUCUCUCUCUUAACACCUCACAGUGCUUCAAGUGACAUAUUUUCAUUUCUAUUCGCUUAUAAAGUCAAUGUACCCUCGCAUUUCCUGCCAUAUAAUUAAAGUAUCCGGUUGUACCCCAUGGUGAGGGUCCGCUUGUUUCCACCUCCUUCACCGAGGGAGGGAGGCAGACUGCUCCAGGCGUUUUGGGAUUUUUUUUUAUUUAUUUAUUAUUUUUUAUUGUCUUCCUCAGUGUACCUGGGAAACACCGUGCAGUGCGGAUGUGUGUGUGUCUCUUUUCAUUUAAACACCAGGGAACGGGACCACAGAGGCACAGGAGGUCAAUUAAGCUGUUUUCAUGCAUAGAGAAGAAUAGAAAGAGGAGGAAAGAAGGAGAAAUGAAGAAGGAGGAGGAAGAAGAGGGAAGGGAAGGAGGAAGAGGAGAAGGAAAAGAAGAAAUAAUAAGAAAAGAUUUUCACUGAAUUUCCAGCGUUUUAAAGAGGAGGAAGGGGAAGAAAGGAGGAUGAGGGUGAGGAAGACGAGGAAGAGGAAGAGGAUUAAAUUUCUUUCAUCUUUCUUAGACAGUCCUCAGGAUGUCAACAUUGUAUAAUGGUACAGUGUUGAGACAGGGACGGUCGCGUUAUAAUUCACUAAUUGAGGUUACUUUUGAUAAAUAAACAACUAGUACGGAGUCUUUUAAGUAUUUUACAUUAUCUUAUACCGGAAAAUAUUAAGGAAAAGUGGCGUAAAUAAAAAAAAGGCAAAGAUUAGAGAUGUGGGAUUUUAUAACUUGUGGUAUCUUAAAAUACUAAUAUAAGAUAAACCCUAUGCAAAACGAAUAAUAUAACCUUUAUUAAUCAUCAUAACCUAGAAAACCGAUAAAUAUAUAUAUAAAAACCAGUGUAAUUAGUAAAAAACAAAAAAACUGUCCCUGGGAAGUGAGACGGCCCACAGAGUCGCGCCAAAAACGUGGAUCUACAGGCCAGGCAUCUUAUGUUUAACCAGGUGUACAAGGUGCUGGCUUUCAAGGGCUCCUCCACACCUACAGACACACGCACACACCACCAGAUACAGGAAGAAUUAAUUGAUGAGCUACAGAACUACACCAUCGUUCAGGUGGCAGCCGGAGACCAGUACUCUCUUUCUCUCACCUCCUGGGGCCUGAUCUACGCACGGGGUGACAGUGGGUACGGUCAGCUUGGCGUCAACUCUUGCGGCAGUCACACCGCCACACGCAAGCUUGUCAAGAGUCUGGCCAGGAAGGUGACAGUGCAGCUGGCCUGUGGCGCCAACCACACCCUUGCCUUGACUGCUGAUGGUGACAAAAUACCUUGGGCCAGUUGGCACUUAGACACUGACAGGGGCCCCAGAAGGACCCUGCCCUGGUGACCUCCUUGGCUGGCACCCUCUUAGUCCUGCUGGCCGCUGCGGGUCACCACUCUGCUGCCGUGACCCAGGCCGGCUACCUGCUGUUGUGGGGGUCAAACAAGCAGGGUCAACUGGGCUAUACUCCCAAGGGUGAUCCUCUUGUUAGUGACACCCCAGCGUUGGUGCCAAAUUUUGCCUGUUAUUCUGAACCAAUUGGGUAUGUGGCACUUGGGGAGAGCCACACAGCGGCACUCGACUCUUUAGGGAAGCCUCUCCCUUGGCCAAGUCAGCACCGAGGCAGAGUUGAUUGAUAUACAGGUGUGAAUUCAGCUGCCUCUUCGCUGUUCCCGUUGCCAGGAUACCAUGUGAUCGAGGCAGUGUUGGGGAAGGUGAAAUUAUCCAUCAGGUGUGACGUGUGCUGCUUCACUCCAUCCCAUGAACAGUUGCCCACAGCAAUCUCUACCACAUCAGGCCUGACAUACUUCAUUGUGAUCAGGGAGUCAAGUUUCAUCAGGAAGAGAGGCUGUGUCACUACCUGUAAGCCUGACGAGGUGUUAGUUAAGUCAAGGAGCGUCAUCAGGAAGAGGGGCCGAGUCUUGCUACCUGUAAGCCUGACAAGAGGAGUCAAGGAAUUUUUCAUUGCAAUCAAGGAAGAGUCAAGUUGUAAGAAGAUUGUAAGGCAAGAAUUUUAAGCAGGAAUAAUUGUCAAGCAGUUAACAGCAGGAAGAAUGCAGCGAGAAAAGGGUACAAGAGUUUUCAAGUAAGAAGAUUGUAAGGCAAGAAUUUUAAGCAGGAAAAAGUAAGGUAAGAAUUUUAAGGAAUAAUUGUCAAGCACUUAACAGCAGGAAGAAUGCAGCGAGAAAAGGGUACAAGAGUUUUCAAGUAAGAAGAUUGUAAGGCAAGAAUUUUGAGCAGGAAGGAUAUUGUUAAGCAGUUUAGCAGCAGGAAGAGUCCCUUCAAGCUGUUGGUGGGAGUGACAAGCAUCCUUCAGGACUUGCAAAGGCUGAAGUCCUCAACACUAGUCUCACUCAAGUUGACACAGGAGCUCUCUGACACAAGGAAAACAAAUCAUUUAUCCUAUUGUGUAUUUAUUAAACUUUUGUGAUUAAACAAUAUAUAUAUUA